AUUGGUGUGAGUUUGAUGCGUCUGGCGGCGACGUUUUGCUGCUUCUGGGCUUCGCUGCCGCCCACAGAAGAGGGGGGAGCAGCAGCAGCAGCAGCAGCAGCAGCAGCAGCAGCAGCAGGAGCAGCAGCACCAAUGCGUGGGGCCCGGCGGCGGCGGGGGGCUUAUCCCAGCGAAAUAGAAGCGCUGGCGGUGGUGAAGUACAGAGACAAGCUGCAGCAGCACCGCGAUUUGCUGCAGCAGCAGCAGCAGCAGCAGCAGCAGCAGCAGCAGCAGCAGCAGGUGCUGCUCCGCCGGCAGCAGCAGCAGCAGCAGCUGACUGCAGACGCGCGCGCGAAGCAAAAGAAGACGGAGCCAGCAGCAGACAUCCCUGACGAAGCACCCGAGCAGCAGCAGCAGCAGCAGCAGCAGCAGCAGCAGCAAGCCAGCAACAGGUAA